AUGAUGUCAUCGCCUGACACGAUUACCCGCAACUUCGCCGAGGUGUUUGCUUGGACGCAGUUGUGCCAAACCUUCUCGAUCUUCUGCGAGAGUAUGCACAGAAUCAAUCCAUUCGACGCUAUUCUAUAUCCUGCUAAGCCUUACUUCUCGCUUGAACUGCCACGCCGAGAGUUCUCAGGUCCUCUUUCACCACCUCAGUGCAAAGCUUCCGUUUUCGGACAGGUGGCCUCCUCCAACUUGAACCCCACAAACUCCUCGGAACUCGUAAAACAGGGCGAUUUCCUUAGCGCAUCUUUACUGAACAUCUUUAUCGUAGCUGCUCGUUGUUCUUCAGCAUGUAGAGCAGGUAACAGAACUCAUCGACGAGGUCGAUCGGUUGUCCGUGUGGUCGUCCCUUAUUCGGAUCGAAUAGAUUCACAACUGCUUGUAUUUAUCAGGGCGUAG